AGAUGUCGCUCAACACAACCUUCACCAAAGAGGACGGAACCGAGGUCGUCAUCCCAUUCAACGGGUCGCAAAAUGGGCAUCCGGAGAACGAGGAGCCAGAGGUUGAAGAAGCCGCGGAGCCCAGUUCUUCAGUGGAGACACUGUGCGGUGCCACGAGAGGCGACAUCAUUGUGAUGAAGCACACGACGAAGGCGCUCACAGAGUUGAUCGAGCGGCUCUUGCACUCGGAUGAAUUCGAAGUCCGUCGCUGCUCAAACGGCCAAAUCAUCUCACAAGGCCGCUGCAACGGAACAACGCCAGGAAACGGCAUCGGAGGCGGCGGGGCAUCAAGCGAGGAGCUCGAAAAAGCGCUGAAAGAUCGAGAUGCCGCCCGUGCCGAAGCCGACAAGCUCCACGCCAACUACGCGACACUGUUCGCCUCGUUCAACACGGUUCGCGAAGCCGCCAACGACAUCCGCGGCGAGUACGAGGACGCGAGGGACAAGCUGAAGCUCGCCGCCGCCGAAGUUGACGAGUGGCAGGCAAAGUUCCUCGCCGUCAAGGAUAAUGCGAAUUCUGAGCUUGAGAGAGCAUCCGUGGAGUACGACGAUCUUCUCCGAUCCCACGAUGAGAACACAAAGGGACUCCGUCUGCGUGUAAAACGCCAGGAAAUCGAGCUCUCCAGCAAGAACGACGAGAUCAAGGUGCUCACGAACCGCGUGUCGGAGCUCUCACAGAUUUGCGAUCAACUUCUGAAUGAUGUCGACGUUUCCGAUGGGAUGUCCGUUAUUUCGACGGAUGCAUAAUUUAUUUCUGUAAAAUAUAAUAUUUCUUCCCCCCGCCUUUUCGCUUUCCGCCUUAUAUUUUCUAAUUGUACAUGAAUUUUUCAGCUU